AUGUCGCGGAGAUACGAUUCCCGGACGACCAUCUUCUCCCCCGAAGGCCGCCUUUACCAGGUCGAAUAUGCGCUUGAGGCUAUCUCGCACGCCGGAACAGCUCUCGGAAUAUUAGCAAAGGACGGCAUCGUUCUGGCUGCAGAGAGGAAGGUCACCAGCAAGCUAUUGGAGCAAGACACAUCGGCGGAGAAGUUGUACAUCCUCAAUGACAACAUGAUCUGCGCUGUAGCCGGCAUGACUGCCGAUGCCAACAUUCUCAUCAACUACGCCCGUCAAGCCGCCCAGCGUUACCUCCUCACAUACAAUGAAGACAUUCCCUGCGAGCAGCUAGUCCGCCGGCUAUGCGAUCUCAAACAAGGUUACACGCAACACGGUGGUCUCCGGCCGUUUGGUGUGUCUUUUAUCUAUGCAGGCUGGGACCCACAGCGACAGUUCCAGCUAUACCAAAGCAAUCCCAGUGGCAACUACGGUGGCUGGAAGGCGACGAGUGUUGGGGCGAACAAUGCGUCUGCUCAGAGCUUGUUGAAGCAGGACUACAAGGAAGAGUGUGACUUGAAGGAGGCAUGCGGACUCGCCGUGAAGGUGCUGAGCAAGACCAUGGACUCUACUAAGCUCAGCAGCGAGAAGAUCGAGUUUGCUACAGUCGGAAAGACAAAGACAGGUAAGAUCUACCACCACCUUUGGAGCGCAGACGAGAUCGAUGCUCUGCUCAAGGAGCACGGUCUGGCCAAGGCCGAGGACACCGAGAUGUCGGAGACAUGA